UUGAGGAAGAAGCAACUUCUCCGAGCUGCUCGGGGAUAGAAUCAGAAGUGCGUUUUCUUUAGCACAGACUACUUCAAAUGCAUCUGUAUUCAUUUUCUCUUACCAGCUGAGCGGCGUUUGUGAGAUACAUGGACUGAAUUUGGCUCCUAAACCGGUGUCUUCGGUUGGCGACUUCUUUGACUGGCUUGCUUUUCUCAAUCUCUUCUGUUUACGGACCAGUGAAGAGAUGGCUGCUUCCUUCAGCCUGUCUCUCGCUCUCCUAAUCCUCGCCUCGACAACUGCUGAUGCUGCUGAUGCUGAAGAACGGCUGGUGAAUAACCUGUUGGGUCCAGAUCGAUACAACAAGCUCAUCAGGCCAGCAGUAAACAGAAGCCAGUUAGUAACUAUAGCGAUUCAAGUAUCGCUUUCACAGCUGAUAAGUGUGAAUGAAAGGGAACAGAUAAUGACAACAAAUGUCUGGCUCACCCAGGAGUGGAAUGAUUAUCGUUUGAUGUGGGAUCCCCAGGAGUAUGAAGGCAUUAAGAAACUCCGAAUCCCUUCACAACACAUCUGGUUACCCGACAUUAUUCUAUAUAAUAAUGCUGAUGGAAACUAUGAAGUCUCCUUUUAUUGCAACGCGGUCGUAUCUAACAACGGUGAUAUUUUUUGGCUUCCCCCGGCCAUCUAUAAGAGCGCAUGCAAGAUUGAAGUCAAGCAUUUUCCUUUCGAUCAACAAAACUGCACAAUGAAGUUCCGCUCCUGGACCUAUGAUCAUACUGAAAUUGACCUGGUUUUAACAAGUGAUUUUGCAAGCAGAGACGACUUCACCCCUAGUGGAGAAUGGGACAUUGUUUCUCUACCAGGGAGAAAAAAUGAAAACCCUGAAGACCCAGCGUACGUGGACAUUACUUAUGAUUUCAUUAUUAAGAGAAAGCCAUUGUUUUAUACCAUCAACUUGAUUAUUCCUUGUGUGCUUAUAACUUCCCUGGCAAUUUUGGUAUUCUAUCUUCCAUCAGACUGUGGUGAAAAAAUGACACUCUGCAUUUCAGUUCUUCUUGCUUUAACUGUGUUUUUACUGCUAAUCUCAAAGAUUGUUCCACCAACAUCACUAGAUGUCCCACUGAUAGGUAAAUACCUGAUGUUUUCCAUGGUCCUGGUGACCUUUUCCAUUGUCACCAGUGUCUGUGUUCUGAACAUUCAUCAUCGGUCACCAAGCACUCAUACAAUGCCGCAGUGGGUAAAGAGAGUGUUUCUAGAAAAGCUACCAGCUUUAUUAUUCAUGAAGAGGCCAGACAAUACCAAUAUACAACUGCAUAGAAAGCAACUGAAGUCUUACCCUGAUCUUAAAGUAGGCAAAAGUGAUGGUGAAUCGUUCUUUGUCAAUGAAGAGUCUGCCAAGAAGUGUGGCUGGAAAAUAAAUGACAUACCUGAUAAUACAGAAUUCAGGAAGAGAAUGACCAUUAAGUGCAACCCUGACAUCAAGGAGGCUGUGGAGGGGGUGCGGUUUAUUGCUGAACACACGAAAAUAGAGGAUGAUGAUCAGAGUAUAAUUGAGGACUGGAAAUAUGUUGCCAUGGUUAUUGAUCGUCUUUUCUUAUGGAUAUUUGUUUUUGUCUGUGUGAUUGGAACAGUUGGACUUUUUCUUCAGCCUUUGUUUCAGAAUUACAAAACCCCAGCUAUGGCUAAUGGCAAAUAAUUGCCCCAUGUAUUGAAGUACUGUAACCAGAUACCAAUUAUAAACUGUACAAAAAGGUCACAUGGUUAAAUAACUCAGGACUUCUUCUGAUGGCACUGUGUUAUCUUUUUUUUUUCAAAUAACAACAUAACAUAUCAGUUUUUAUUUAAUCACAAUUUACUGAUUAUGUAAUUGUACAGUUUGCCUAGCAUGCCAAGGUAUCCUCUUUUUUUUUAGCAAAGUGAAAAAACUGUUAGCUGUUAAAGUUACUUGAGUUGCUGGAUUGCUAAGCCCCCCAAAAAAACACUGAUCUUUAGCAACUGAAGAAGGCAGUAAUAACACAACUAAAGACACUUUACAUCUAUGUGAUGUGCAUAGAUCAUAUUUGCACUGGGAUCAAAUGCGUUAUUGGACUGAAGUUCAGUAGCAACUUAUUAUAGCAAAUAAAUACAAGGGAAGCUCAGACAUACUGAUUCACAAGCAAAAACAAUCCCUGAAACAUCUGACUCAAAAGUAAUGUUUUUUUAAUUUAAAUUUUGUUGUGUCAGAGAUAAGUACAUUGCCAUUUUGUUUUUUUUAAGUUUAAUAUUGUCACAAGCAAUGCAUGGAGAUAGAGCCUGUUAACUCUGAAAAGCAACGUGUAAUAGCUGUAGCUUCCUAUACUGUAUCAUGUGAAAUGUGUCCAGAUUGUCCAGAUUAAAGUUAGCACAAUGAAAGUCAUGCCACCAGGACCAUAGUGACUGUAAUUUAGUUUAAAAAACCCCCAAAAAAACAUUACAAAACAAAAGCAGAAGCACACAAAAACAUGAUAAGGAGGUUUAAGGAUGAAUGUAGGUAUGAGGCGUCAAAAUGUAUGAUGACCAUGCAUUGCUGUUCAGGUCUAUAUGAUCUGUCUACUGAUCUAGGACAGAUUAUUUAGAAAUAUGUGAAAGGGUUAAAGAUCUUGCAGCAAUCUGUGAGGGGAAUAGACCGUAUCGAACUCCACAGAAUGCAUGGUGGGGACAUUACUUGCAAGCAGAGCUUUGAUUGUAUUAUUUUCUAUUUAUAUUUUGUUGUUAAAAAUAAGUGAUUGUCCAAUAAAAUGUCACGUCCAAUGCACCAGACUGUAAGGUGCAGUUCCAUUAAAUUUUUUUUUUUUUUAAAUAACCUGGAAUAUUUAUUAAAAUAGGAAUCUGCACUUUUUCAGUGUAGCCUUAAAGAAAAUUGUCGCAACAUAACUAUAUAAAAUGUUUAAUGAGCAAGACAUCAAUCUUUAAAAUGU